UGUAGGAGUCGAUAGGCAGCGUGCCGGCUGAAAUUUAAUCAUUAAUUUUACUUCUAUCUCACCGAUCUUGACCAAAAUAUGAACGAUCUGAACCUUCGUGUGGCCGCCUUAAAGCUUUGUGCCCAUCCCAAACGAUUCGCAGAGCUGCGUGACGCCCUCGUUCCGCUGCCCAACAGGUGGAAUUCCGCGCCACAUGGAUUUGUGCAACAAUUUGCAGCGGCAAAGAGCAGUGCGGAACAGGUUUUGGUGGUUAAAGAUAUCUUUUAUAAGGAUCAGCAGCAGGAUCAUGAUGAAGUGGCUCGCUUCCUCGCGGAUCUCCUAUUGGCCAGUCCUCUUAAACACGCCGUGCGCAACCAGCUGACCAAACUCUUCUCGGACAAUGCCCUGGCUAAACAGGAUGCGAAUCGGAUUCACAGGCACUCAAAGGAACAGCUUCUGGAGGCACUUCAACAAUCCCUCGGUGAUAUAGCCACAAGUCUAGAGGAAAUUACGCCGCUUGAAAGCCACCAUGAUCGCACCAACGAUGUCUUUGUGUCCGCCAAUGCCUGUCUGCAGAAUUUCCCCUUUGGACGGGAGGCCCUAGGCCUACAGGUGCAUCUUUUUGCACCACUGCUGCCCACCGCAUUGGAACGUUACUGGGCGGAUAUUAGUGAUCCUUUGCUGGAACUUUCUCCAACUCGUCGCAACGAGCUCUAUUUGUACGUACAGAAUGCUUUGCGUUUUCUGGUGAGCCUGUUAUCUGAAUGGAGCGACCAGUUGCACCAGCUUGAUUGCCAACGAUUCCUUAGCUCCGCAGAUGUGGUGGCCCAAAAGGUGGCUCGUCACAUGGACACGCCAUGGGAUGUACGUUCCAUUGCUGGCCUAUUAAUUGGUCACCUGGCGCGCUUCUCUGGGACUUUUAAGGAGUACAUAUCGGACUGUUCGAUCCCGCGAGCAGAGCAAGAUCUUCCUGUUCAGACGGCCGCCCUGCUCGUCCUACGACGGAAUGAUUAUUCGGAGCACGCCUCCCAGGCACUGGCCAUUCUGAAGUUAAUCGUAACCGUUGGCGAACGGGAGAGCAGUGUUAGCAACCUCCUGGUCUUUCUAUCUAAACACUUAUUUAUCUACUCCAAAUCUUUGGGAGAGUUGCAUUCCUUUCUGCAUGAUGAUCAGGCGGUCAUAUAUCAGCAAAUUCUUGCGGAGUUGGAAGUGUUCGCCCUGCAGAAUAUAUCGAAUGCCACGGAUUCUGUACGCCACAUGAGCAGCGCUCUGCUACGCCAGGUGCUACAGCAUGCCCAAGUUGCUGGCCAGGAUGAGCUCUUUCAAGUUGUUUACCGUCAGUUCGAGGGACAUGUCGUAUCACUCAGUGCCAGCUGUCUGGCGCUGGAGCAGCUCAUAGCUGUUUCGGGAGUAAGCGAAGCCAUCAAGAACUGUCCAUCUCUGUUUGGUGUCAUUUUCCCUCGCUUUCUAGGCUGCGAGGACAGCGUGGAUGCCCUGUUUAAAGCCAUGAUGGUGUCAGCCCACAAGACGCAGCCUUUCGCCGAGUGGCACAGCCUGUGGUUUGGCCAACUAAUGGCCGCCAUCCAAGUACCAGAGAAGCGUCGAUCGGUCAUAGAACAAUUGCUCACACAGGCUGUGCAACUGGAACCCAAGACACUUGCCCAGUUGCUUCUCCAUGAUGCAAGGCUCCCACUCAGCAGUAAGCUGGCGGCUAUUCUUAGCGUUAGGCAGCUUAGUGAGAAACGGCAGGAGCUUCUACGGGACUUAAAGCAGGAGGUGGACCAGGCACUGCUCGGUUUGGAUGAUCAUACGCGACUUUUGGCGCUAAGAUUAGUGGUGGAGACUCCGCGUCCCAGCGAGCAUUUGACCAAGACAGAGGCGGAGGCAAUUAGUUUAUAUUUACGCCACAAUGCCAACAAUCCAAGUGCCCAUCUUCGUCAGCUGGGCUAUGGCCUGCUGCAGAAGGCCUUAAGAAGAAUCAAUCUUGGCCUGGCCGAACACCAGAAACGUCCAACGCCGGCGGGUGAGGAACUGCUUGGCCUGUUGACUUGCCUAACCGGUGAUCUCUCGCGAAAUCUAUUCCCUACGGCGAAUUAUGGUAGACGCUGGUUGUCGCUGCAUUUGCUUCAUGAUUGCGUGGAGCUGAGGCAAAAAUUGCAGCUAAAGAUGAGCGAGGAGCUACUGCCCCCGGAGGCACUUCCGAACUUGGAGUACUGCCUAGGCGAUAGUUAUGAACAUAACAAGGUGUUGGCCGCUAAGCUGCUGGAGACACUGCAAACCUGCUCCCGUUUUCAACCAGAUGAGAUGAUCGAGUUGCUGCUGUCGUUGAGGCCACCUGACUCAGCCACUGGAGCAUUUCAGUUGCAGGUCUAUUGCAGGGCGAAGGUAGUGGAAACUGACUUGCCCCUGGCAAUGAAGGCGAACAUAGAGCAUGAGCCAAGAACUUACCGGGCACUGCUGUGGUGUCUGGAGCAUUUGAGGGAGGGUGUAAACCUUGCCCAACGGGAUCUUGCCGAGGCAGCCAAGCUAAACCCGCUAUAUGGCCUACUUUUCGCCAGCCGGCAUCUUCUCCAGCAACUUAAUCUCAAACAACUGGCAAAGGAGUCAGCUUGGAGGCAUUAUAUUGAAGAUCUGGUGAACAUCUGUCUGGAAGUCAGCAGCGUGGUAUUGCCUGUGGUCAGUAGUGCGUCUCCUGAGGGACAUCUGCCCGCCACUCGUGACCAGGAGACAGAUCAGCCGCUGACCAAUGUGCUAAGCCGUCGACUGCCCAGUGAGGCACUUCAGCAGGUGCGCACAACCCCCCAAAUGGUGCUCCUAUGCGCCUGGCGAAGCAUCAAAGAGGUUUGCCUUAUACUGGGCGAAUUGGUUCAGCGGGCGCCGUUGGAAGAAGAGCAGCAACAACAUCAGGGAGACUUCCUUAUAAGCAGUGUCCAGCUGGAGGCCAUCGGAGAGCAUUUCCUACAACUACUGGCCGAUACCAAGCAUCGCGGCGCUUUCGAGCAGGCCUACGUGGGAUUCACCAUGCUGUGUCGCCGCUUCUGGCAUAGCGAUUCAGUGCGUCUGAAUCAGCUGCCCGGCCAGUGGGUCAGUGAGGCCAUGGCGAUGGUCAGCGGUGAGGAGGUACGCAAGGGUGCCCGUCUGUGCUCCACUCGUCGCAGUGCCGGCAUGCCUUUUAUGCUGCAAGCGCUGAUCUGCACGGAACUUAAACUGGGCACACAUGCCACCCUGCAUCGCUGCAUGCACCGUUUGCUUGAGGUUUGCGAGCGGAGGACAGCUGGAUCAGCUGGUAUCACUGCACGCAGCCAUGCCCUAAACAUUAUGCGCGCUCUCUUUCGCUGCAGCGAACUGGCCGAGCUGGUCACUGAGUUUAUGGCCCGUGGCAUACAGUGCGCCUUGGAUGGCCUGCUCCUGGCCGAGGAGUGGGCGGAACGUAACUGUGCCACCUUGCUGCUUGCCGCACUGAUCGUUCGGGUCUUUGGUGUGGAACGGGCUCGUCUGGAGACCGGGGAGCUGCAUGUACGUAAUCGAAUGACUGGUCGCAUCUUCUUCACGCGAUAUCCGCAGCUCUUUGACUACUUUCAUGCUGCCCUGCAGCGGGAAUCCGAUCAAAUGGAUACGGACGAAAGUAGCAAUGGUAGCAGCAAUGAGACAAAUGGAAAGAGGCGGCAGGCGGUGCAGCUGGAGGCAAUGCUGCUCAUGCUUAGCCGCCUGUAUCCAUCCUCCCUGGAGGGCGCCGAGUCAACGUUGAAUCUAAGUGAGUUCGUGCCCUUCCUGAUAAAGAUCUGCCGCUCCCACGAUUUAAUGACACGUGAAAGGGCUGCCUUAGUGGUUGCCAACUUUGUUAGCCAGGAGCAGGCCGUUGCCGAGGUUAGGCGUAUAGUCGUAGAGCUGAAGGCACUGCAGCUUAGGUUGAAGGCAAACGAUGCCCUCGCACUGGACACGAAUCUCUUGCAUGGACAAUUGCUACUUCUGCUUCAUCUACAUCGCUUGGUUCGUUGGACGCGUCCUUCAUUGACCAGAAUGCAGCUGCACACCCUCGCCGCUCUGGCCGGAUCGCUCCUUCAGCGCGACGUUUGUGCCUUUAGUGCUCUGGUAGAAGUUAUGGUGGCUGCCAUGGAGGAUGCUGUUGAUUCUGAUCUACUAGACUUCAAGCAGCUAGAAGAGAUCGGCGCUGUUUACUUACUAGAUCAUAGUGAAGUAUAUAGACGCUGCCAAGAGCAUGGAAUCUCCAUACGUUUCUAUCAAAUAUUUGGCCUCCAUCUCCAUCGAUUGCGAGGCAUUUCCCAAGGAAUAGUGUUGCACAUAGUUGAGGAUUUGGCUGAACCCUUCUGGGCCCUUGACGAGCUGAAGGUUGAACUAUGGCUGUACAUUCUGCUGCAGAGAUCACUGGGCCAGGACCAUUCGCUGGUCAGCGAGCUGGACGUUGAACACUUCCAGUUUUCAGGUGACAUCCGGCGCUAUUAUAAAACCCUCACUACGGAACAGCGCGAAGAGAUUGCCCAAGAGUUGUAUGAAUCGCAUGCGGUCCGCUCCAGCGUCCUGGAAAUGAUAAAAAUUUCGAGCACACGCUGUUGGAGUCUCACGAUGGCCGGUCGCCUAGCCGCCUUACAGCCUUUGCUUAAAGAGCCGGAAUUGAAUUUGAAUCAGCUUGUCCAGCGAUGCUCAGAGGAGCAUGCCAGUCAUCUGGAAGCGGGAUUACUGCUCGGCCUGAAGCGACUGAUUGGCGAAAGGAAAAGUCUGGAACAUAAACAUUGGCUGCCUUUGCUAAACUACGCCCUGGGUCUAGUCGAACCCGUCCAGCCCGUCUACCUUCGUCAUCAGUCUGCGGAACUAUGCCAUUUGCUAGCCUCUAGUCAUCUAAAAGAGCAAUUAGGCUUGGGAAUUGCCAAACCAGAUGUGGAGGUAAUCGGACGUUUCAUAAGACUUGUGCUGCUUCUGCUACUGGACGAGGCCGAGUGGGUACGUCAUCGGGCUGCUCAGUUGGUGUGCAGUCCCGGUUUUAGGAGUGAACAGAACGACAAAGCACGCGAAGUUUUACCCAGUGCACUGACUCCACAAUUCCUAAAAGCUGUGCUGGCGAAACUUGGAAAGCAGAUCGAUAAUCCAACGUUUCUCCUGCGACUUUUUCAUCUCAUAGCUGAGCCAUUCCUGGCUUCUCAAUCAAAGGAUUCCGAACUGAAUAUUGAUGAGGAUGGGGAUGUGGAGGUAUUCGAUAAGCAGGAGAUCAACCUUUACUGUGAACCAUUGCUGGUUCUCUGCGAGUUGUCCGCCGCCUUUCGAUCGCAGCUUGGCAAUAGCAGGGAGCUGAUGGCUACCAUUGAUGCCCUAGGACUUCCAUCGGAUUUAGUUACUCAUUAGAAGACCGCAAUGGAGACAGAACUGGCGUCUAGACUAUGCUAGCAAAGAGCAUUUGAUGUGUACAAUGUGACUUCCUUAACUUGAAUUAUAGAUCUUAAAAUGUUUCAAAAAUCAGAGCUGCUUGGUUUGGAUAGUACUUAUAUAUUGCAUUUAACUAUUAUCGGCUUUUGCUCUUAGAUUUUUUAGUUAGAAAAUAUUGUUUUUUUUUUUACAGACAAUUGUAAUUUAAUAAACAUUGUUUUUGAUGUAAAUUUUUUAAAAAUAAUUUAAAUGAAUUUUUGUUAUCGCAUAUAGUUAGGGUUGGUGCUCGGUGCUUAAGCACAAGGCGGCAAAAUGUUAAACAAAAAUCAUAAAAUUUAUAAAAUAAUUUGGAAUUAAUAAUAAAU